GUCUCGAUCCUUUAUGAUAUGAUACACGACACGGCGAGUACUAGUCGAACUAAAUAUACUUACAAAGUUGAUGAGUCCGGCGGGUGUGGAUGGCUCAAGGAUGCCAGGUCAUUAUAUUAUUGCCAUCGGCAUUUAGUUCUCUCUGGUUCUCAUCUGUGCCCAGACCAGAUGUCUCUCCUUUCGUUCAUGAUCUAGGUUGGGAAGGGAAAGAGUGGUCGUCGGGAUACAUACAACCGGCGCAAGGCGCAGCGGAUUGUCAAGUUUCCAUAAUCGACGUCCUGUGCUGAAGGGUUCUCGGUGGUGUGUUUUGUCUUCUGUCCUUUGAUUCUUUUACAUGUG